CGGUGCGGUUACACCGGAAUCAUCCUUGGUUGAAUCUGGCCAUCAAAGAGUAAUCAGCGGUGCAAAAAAAGAAAAGAAAAUGCUUAUGAUGCCACGCGCAGAACACGCGUCGUUUGAAUGAAGUCUCGCAGGGAGAUAUCGUCGCCGUAGCCCGCGGGGGUAACAGAGCUUCGGCAUGGGGCGCAGGACACCCGCCUACGGGCCUAUGGAAGCUGUGGAUGUUUACCGCACGGACCUCGCUGCUGCUCGCUGCUGCUGCUGCUGCUGCUAAACACCCCUGCACUCGGAUCGCAUCUUCUGGAGGGGGGCGGGAGGGAGGUGUUCAGUAGUGAUGGGGGUGCUGGUGGUCAUUCACUCGGCGCAGGAACACGGACUUUAAGCGGACGGUGCAAUAACACGUGGUGCGAGAGAAAGUGGUGUUUUUGUUGGACCGUGGUAGGCGACACACACGCCGGACGCGGACCGCCUCUGAUGAGGACGAGCCCCGGUGUAGGAGGGUCGUCCCCGUGAUGAGGAUGUAAGCACUGAUCACAGACGUGGAGGGGGGUCUGUCGCCACACACAGGUGCAUGACUUGGAAAGGAAAGCUGCGUUGGCACCAAAACACAAAAACCCCCGCACCUCUAGCAGCAACAACGCCACCACGAUGGGCUUGCUCGUCGGGUCCGACCUUUUCCUCGGCGAUCGCUCGUUAAAACCACUGUUUCCUCCAGGCACGACGAGUGAGAAACAUGUUGGCAGACGCUACGACGAGUCUGCCACGUAAGGGACGGUAAUGCGCCACGGUGGUGACUGAUUGGUUGCGUAAUGGUUUAUUUUGUGUUGGUUUAUUUUCUGUUCUCCGGUUGGAUUCUAAUGAGGCUCGGCGGUGUGGUGGCGAGGCCACACGGAUCUGAUGGGUCUGACGCUUCGUCUCCCCUGACCCCACCGCACGGAUACCCCCGGGACCACCUGCGCAUGUUCCAAGUGUUUUCUUUAUUCCCACGACGUGGUUGCCACUCAUGGGUACAGAGUUCUGCAUCCUUUUUAAUUGAAUUAACUGCUGUUAUGUGGGAGAUCUAAGUUUUGGUUUUUGUAAAAUGACCACCUAAUUUCACUUAAUAGAGGGCACAUUGAUCACCUCCAUCUCCUAAAUCCUUAAUUUACGCAAAAAUGUAAAUUGAACUUGGAGAAACCCAUCCAUCCAUUAGUGUAUCUUCUAAACCCGACAGGGCCAGCUCAGUGGGAAAACAACACACAAUCAGGGUUGCUUUAAGUACACUCGUUCAGUUAAGUUAUAUAUAUAUUUUAAACUCCUAUCAGACUCCCCCCCCCCCCCCCGGGUUUUUUUUGGGGGUUUUGUUGUUGUCGCGGGACCCUUCCAUCAUGUCCAGAUCCAAUAGUGUCAGCCCACCCGCGGUCGCCGCGCCUGGGAUGAGGGGAGGGACCGAACACAGAUCAGCUUGGGGCGAAUCGGAGGCUGUUGCCAACGGAUGCCCAUACUCGGCCAGAUCUCCGCGCAAAAAGCUCUCCCGGUCGAACAGCCGAUGGAGGGAAGAGGAUGAUGCGCAGCGACAGCCCGGGCGAGCCUCGACCACAGUCAGCCGGGUCAGCUUCAGGUCCAGGGCAGCCUGGCAGGAACAUGGGGAGGAGAGUAGUCGAAACAACAACCACCGCUCGUCCCAGAAGCGCGCGGAUGCCGGGGAGUUGAGAAGUGCCAAGUCGGUGGAAGUGGGUUUGGAGAACCGACGGCCGAGGCUGAAGACCACGGAGGAGGAGGCGGAGGAGGAGGAGGCGGUCAUGCCUGAAGUUCACUUCUCCUUGGUGGCGUGCUGUAGCGGCGUGAUGCAGAUUUUCAAAUCCAAGAAGUUCCAGUCGGAGAAGUUGGAGAGGCUCUACCAGCGCUACUUCUUCCGACUCAACCAGAGCAGCCUGACCAUGCUCAUGGCCGUACUUGCGCUGGUGUUCGCCGUCAUGCUAGGCUUCCACUGCGCCGCGGCCGGCGGCACGAACCCCACGUACGCAGCAGUGUUCUCCGUGGCCAUCGUGCUCAUCUUGGUGCUGGUGGUGGUUUGCAACCGGAACGGCUUCCAUCAGGACCACAUGUGGUUGGUGUGCUACGGGGUGAUCGCGCUGGUGCUGGUGGUGCAGGUGAUGGGGGUGCUGCUGAUGCAGCCCCGCAGUGUCUGCGAGGGCGUGUGUGACGUGUCAGCACCCACAUCACCUGCACACCUGCACCCGCGCGAUCACCCCGUAGCACACCAACCACAUGUGGUCCUGCUGGACGCCGUCCACGUGGCUGCUUCGUGGGCGCUGAGCGGCGUGGACAGCCUUCUUUGGAGACAGCUGGUGUCCAACGUGCUGAUCUUCUCCUGCACCAACAUCGUGGGUGUGUGCACGCACUACCCGGCCGAGGGCUCCCAGAGGCAGGCCUUCCAGGAGACCCGCGAGUGCAUCCAGGCCCGACUCCACUCCCAGAGGGAGAACCAGCAGCAGGAGCGUCUCCUGCUCUCCGUGCUUCCCCGCCACGUUGCCAUGGAGAUGAAGGCUGACAUUAACGCCAAGCAGGAGGACAUGAUGUUUCACAAGAUCUACAUCCAGAAGCACGACAACGUCAGGUACAGCCGCGCUCCCCUCCACGCCGAUACCGCCGGGCGGGUACCACUGUGUGCACUUCAGUUGAACUCUCCCGUUGUACUGCAAAGUGUGCGGUUCUCCUCAGACACUUCCUCAUCGUCAACCCUAUUACCAUCAAGGUCAACCUCUUCUUGCACGCCUCCUGAUACAUCUACACGUGUAAACACAUGAGACGGCCCCAGCAGGGGGUAAGCGAGUGAACCGUGGUUAAGGUCAGCCCCAUAGCUGCCAAUCACCCCCCCCCCUGAUCCUGGGCAUGUGCCUUAGUCCCUCUCAGAAUUCCCGGAAUGCGUUGGAUAGGAAUGCACCUGAAGGGCUAAUUGGAUUCCAACUAGGACCAGUGCCCAAAGCCUACAGAGAGAACAGUUAGCUUCAUAUUCUGUAGCCCGUCCCGAAAAAGAAAAGAAACCAAAAUACUGUAUUGUUUGGUUACGUGGCAAAACACACGGUUUGCCGUGAUUGCAGCCGUGCCGUUUCCCUUUCGCUCACUUCAAAGAGGACUCGGGUCUAUUUUAGGAGGUGAAAUUUCAAAACAUUAUUAUUUCAUUGUCCUUCCGGACAGGCCCUGUUGCAGGGAGGGAGGUUUGUGGCUGUUUACGUUUGAUGUCUUUCCGUUCCGAGCCUGGAUUAUCUCGAUGGGCUUUCUAACGUGCCCGGUCAGCGGUGAUAUCACAGCCUCUUCUCAUGCAGUCGGUGACGACCUUGAGCGUGUUCAGGUCGCCGGCGCGGGGACGAGAGCUGUGCACUCACAGUGCAACACACGAGCAGUGUAAAUUAGAGAUGUUGUGGAAGCCCAACUACCAUGCUUAGUUUUUUUUAAAUAUUAAAUUAGUUA